AUGAAAGACAUCUACAAGCAGGUCGAGCUCGCUCUGCCGCCACAAGUAAGCGUCGGUGUCAAGGCGCGGAUAGUCCGCGUAACAGGCCCGCGGGGAGAGCUUACGAAGAGCUUCCGCCACGUGAACAUUGACAUCAGACAUACACAGCAGCGACGACUGGUGCUUGGGAUCUGGCACGGCGGAAAGAAGCAUGUUGCGUGUCUGCGGACAGUAAGGAGUCUUAUCAAGAACAUGGUUGUCGGGGUAACGCAAGGGUACCGGUACAAGAUGCGGUUUGUAUACGCACACUUUCCGAUCAAUGUGAGUAUAUCGGAAGAUGGGAAGCAAGUAGAAAUCCGGAAUUUUUUGGGGGAAAAAGUAGUGCGACGGGUGGCACUGCUGGAGGGAGUGACGGCAGAGAUCUCGAAAACACAGAAGGACGAGAUUGUGUUGGAGGGUAUUUCGCUGGACAAUGUGUCUCAGUCAGCGGCAUCGAUCCAGCAGGCAUGCAGUGUGAGGAACAAGGAUAUCCGCAAGUUUCUGGACGGAAUCUAUGUUUCUGCACGGGAAACGAUUGAAUGA